AUGUCAGAUCCUCUUCCCUCCGUUGGUCCGGUGGUCAUUACUGCAGAAGGAUUAUCUUCAUUUACACCUACUCGUAAACUAUCAGAAUCAACUUUAACAGGAUCGAUCUAUGUUUUGGGUACUUUGAACGACCUACCAGCUAUAAUACAUAUUCAAAAGACGGUCUUGGAAAGUGGUAAUGCUGCCAAAUUGAUUAACACUUUGGAGAAGUUGGAAGUGUUUUUGGAGAAUCAACCUUACUUCUCAACUCACGCAUGGUCACCUUCCACUCCUGACAGAUCACCAGAUCUUCAAAUCAAGAUAAUUUGUCCAGCUACCGAAAUUCACAUCAAGAAGUAUUCGGCUCAAGAAAGAUAUAUGGUUUGUGAAACCAAAGAAAUCUACGAGACUGUCGUUCAGGAUUAUAUUAACGGGUUUGAUGAGAGUAGAUUGGCAUGGGUCUACGCUAUCCUAGAUGGCAAGAAAGAAGCAGAUAGGAUCCUUUAUAGGAAACAAGAUGAACAAGAUGGUUUUGUCAUUCUACCUGAUCUGAAAUGGGAUCAAACUUCCAUGAACGCUCUGUACUUGACCGUCCUGGUGCAAACCCAAUCCAUCAGGUCUUUGAGGGAUCUCACAAAAGCUCAUAUACCAUUAUUGAAUUCAAUUAAACAAGCCGUCUUCGAUACUGUAAAGCAAAAAUUUGGAGUUGGUCAGAAUAAAUUGAGAUUAUUCGUUCACUAUCAACCUUCUUAUUACCAUUUCCACGUUCACGUAGUUCAUAUCCAAUCUGAAUCCUUUGCAGGAAUGUUAGUGGGUCAAGCUCAUAUGCUCGAUGAUCUCAUCUCUCUCCUCGAAUUGUCACCGCCUUCCGGACCAUCUAUCCUCGCUCAAAAGACAUACACUUACCCUCUUGGAGUGGAACAUGGUUUAUUUAAGGGUAUGAAAGAAGCUGGAGCUCUUAUCAUUGACGACGUCGAAGUAUCCAAAGAGGCGGCAUGA